AUGCUCGAUCCCAUUGAACUGCAAGUAUUCCCGUCCUCUUACGACUGCAUCUCGUGGUCCGAGGAUGGUGAUAUCGCAGUCGCUGCAGGCGAAUAUGUACAUAUUCUGACACCAAAAUUAUCUUCCGAAAAUGAAGCAAAUGGCACGAGUCCAAAUGCAUCAAGUAUAGAGUGGCACAGGAUUCGUUUCCGUGCCAAUGUCUUCACUAUCAACGAAUGGCCAAUCAUGUUCCCGCAACCACGAGAUCACUUCUCAGUAGGAGCGGAGCAGUCGUUUAGUACAGUUGCAGGCAUUGGCUGGUCGCCACCCGGGCUUGCCAAGUACAGGCGUAGCGUACUGGCUGUUUUGACGUCCAACAUGGUUCUAACGAUCUAUGCGCCUACUAACAAUCCAGCAAAGUGGACGCGAAUUGCAAUUGUCAACAAAUCCUUGGAGAUUUUCUUUCAUGAAAGCAUUGAGAAUGGUACUCCAAACUUACGCACCCAGAGUUUCCGUCGGGACAUCGAGGACAAUACCGCGAGGACACGCAAAACCAAUAUUCGAUCAUUUACAUGGCUUCCGCCCCUCAAGGUUCCUGCCAAGAACGAGUUGUAUCCUGCACCUGAAAGUCGGUGGGGGUUUUUUCUACUCGCUGUCACCAACGAGGACAAUGAUAUGGUCAUUUUGCAGGUGCAGCCAUCCAGCUCUGAACAAGCUUCCCAGUAUCCUCUGCGUGUAAAUUUGGUAUCUACCGUUUCUCUACCUACUUCAGCAGGCUUUGGUCCAGCACUUCAAUUUAAUUCACUGCUAGCCAAAGCGGUCCGCUCCCAGGUGCGGUCAUUGUAUUUGUCGAGCGGGCCAUGGCUCUAUCAAACAGAGAAGGGAGACAGAAGUGGAGAAUUCCCAAUAGUUGCAACCACCAAUGUGGCUACUAUACAGGGUGUGAAUCUCCGCGUCGUCAGGUUGAGUGUCAAUCUGGAGUUGCGUAACCCAGAUUCUCACGAUGAGCCGCGGUACAAUUUGACUUUCAACGCGUCAGAGAAUGUUGCAAUUCCUGUUGGGCGUACGGAUCUUGCAUUUACUGGCCCUAUCCGCUGGGCGCAACACGCCGGAACUGGCAGAGUGUCCAUGGCAGUUGGCGCAAGGGCGAAGUUGGCGUGGAUAGAUAUACCGGAGAGUGUAUACAUUGAGCAGGAUUCGGAAGAUAACAGUACGCAGUUUUACGGUUUUCCCAUGAUGGUCGAAUCAUCAGAUGGGGUAUCUUCGACCAGCAGGGCGCUGCAUGAGAGAAUCAGCGGUAUGACUGUCACAACUGGCGUCGAACCCAGAACGCCUACAUUACAUUUGGGUUCUGUCGGGGGUUAUGCAGCGGUUAUGCCAUUAGCUGCAUCGGCUGAAUUGUCUAUAGCCCCUUGGAACGCAGAGGUAGAGGAUAUUAGGGAGCGAUUCGACAUUGACCGUGACCUUGGUGGCUUGGCGAUUGCAAGAAUUUGGGGUCUGGUAUCUCAGCAAGAACUCAUUGCGGCCGCUGUAACACUGCAUCCAGGGGAUAUGGUUGAGUAUCGCACCAACGCAGAAGACCGAUUGACAGUUGUGCUCUCGACUGCAACCGGACAACCAGUGGAUCCUGAAAGAUACAUACUUCGCAACCACACAGGCACCGAGAGCGCACUAUCUCCAAAGGUCCUCUAUGCAGCAGCUUGCUGUGCAAUUGUGCAGUCACAACGUGCUGAGUUGAUUGCGAGCGCUCGCGAGGUCUUAAAGAAACUCUCGGCAAGUACCGGCGUACAUCUGUCAGAUGAGAUUGCGAGGUGCUCGGAACCUGGUAGCGCAAUAGAGGCGAAACCACCGGAGACAUUAAAUGCUCCUGGCGGGAACAUCUUUGAAAAAUUUAGCGAAGCCAGGCCCGCUAAUGAUCCCAAAAGUGCGGUGCAAUUUGACGUUUCUGGCAAUCCAAGAGCCUGGAAUCUCAAAGCUCUGCUCCAGAUGUGA